AUGGUGGCAGAAUCCAAACUAUACGAUGCCCUGAGCGUAUCACCCACAGCCACACAAGAAGAAAUCAAGAAGGCUUAUCGAAAGGCGGCCCUCAAAUGGCACCCAGACAAGAACAAAGACAACCCCAACGCAGCUGAAAAGUUCAAAGAGGUUUCUCAGGCAUAUGAAGUACUGUCAGAUCCUGAAAAGAGAAAAGUGUACGAUGAUUAUGGCCUCGAAUUCUUGCUCAAGGGAGGGCAGGCUCCGCCACCUGGUGCUGAAGGUAUGCCUGGUGGUGGGUUUGGAGGCAUGCCUGGCGGUUUCAACUUUGGAGGAAUGCCAGGUGGCGCCGGCGGUACUCGCUCUUUCCACUUCACCUCUAAUGGAGGUCAAGGGUUCAGCUUUUCCGAUCCAAACGACAUUUUCUCCAGCUUUACUCGUGGCGGCGCAGGUGGUGGUCCAGAUGAUGAUGAUUUUCUCAAUCUGUUUGGUGGUUCCUUCGGCGGUGGCAGAAGUGCUGGAAGCAGGAGAACAACCGGUACUUUCCCACAGCGGCAGGCUAGACCUCAAACUCCCGAGGUGUCUGUCGUCGAACGGAACUUACCUGUCACCCUGGAAGAUAUCUAUAAAGGUGCACACAAGAAGAUGAAGAUCAAGCGGAAGACUUUCAAUUCUUCAGGUCAGCGGACGACUGAGGACAAAAUCCUGGAAAUGGACAUCAAACCUGGUCUCAAAGCUGGCUCGAAGAUCAAAUUCUCGGGUGUUGGUGACCAAGAAGAAGGGGGCACUCAAGAUCUACAUUUCAUUGUGGUUGAAAAACCACAUCCUACACUUACCCGUGAUGGAGAUGAUCUGCGCACAGUAAUAGAGCUCGACCUGAAAGAGGCUCUCACCGGCUGGAAGCGGACCGUUACAACAAUCGAUGGCAAGCAACUGAAUGUAUCAGGAGGCGGCCCCACACCACCUGGAUAUGAAGAGAGAUUUCCGGGUCUAGGGAUGACGCUGUCCAAGAAGCCUAGUGAGAGAGGCGACUUCGUCGUUCAAGUCAAAGUCAACUUUCCUAGGUCCUUGACCCCAGCGCAAAAACAGAAGAUCAAGGAAGUUCUUCCUUGA